AGUGUUCUCUUCUUUCCAUCUGCGUUGUCUUCGACAUCUUUGCAAAAACUGAGUGCUGUAAUUGGGAGGAAAACGCUAGACUUUCCCUAACGAAGAACAAGUCAUGAGUCGCGAACGUAGAAGCAGAAGUCCUAGCUCUCAUAGAGUGUUCAUGGGAAGACUUCCGCGAGACGCUAGACUUCGGGAUCUUGAGGACUUUUUCAAAGAUGCUGGCUUCUCGAAAGCUGUGAGGGACAUCACACUCAAAACUGGUUUUGCGUUUAUCGAGUUUGCUGACUACAGAGAUGCUGACGAUGCUGUGUACGAGUUGAAUCACAAAGAUCUUCUUGGAACAAAAAUAAUUCUUGAUCAUGCAAAACCAAACAGACCUGGUUAUGGGGGUGGUAGAAGAGAACAUGGGGGUGGGAGAAGACCCUCAAGUAGUCGAUAUGGAGCCCCAUUUAACACAGACAACAGACUGAUUGUGGAAAAUUUGUCCACUCGAUGUGGUUGGCAGGAUCUGAAGGAUCAUUUCAGGCAAAUAGGAGAGGUUUCAUUCACAAAAUGUCAUAGAGAAAAAAUUGGAGAAGGGGUAGUUGAAUUUUCGUCCUACCGAGAUAUGAAAACAGCACUGAGCAAGUUAGAAGGCUCUACACUUUAUGGCAAAAGGAUUCAUCUGAUUGAUGAUUCCCCAGCUGCCAAGCGUGGACGAUCAAGAUCAUUAUCUAGGUCACCCAGGCGACGCUCACCGUCACCAAGAUCAAGGUCAAGGUCAAGGUCAAAAUCCAGAUCUAGGUCACCUGCCAGACGUGCAUAUUCCAGAUCUCCUUCUCGUUCACCAAAGCCAAGAAGUCCAGCAGGACAGGAGGACUGAAGUUUUACCUAUAGUUACAUUUUUGAUUAAGCUUAAACCAAAUAUAUAGGCAUUAAAUUUCAUUUUUUUAGUUUGCAAUAGCUAUUACUUAUGUUUGAAGUUUUCCUUGAGUAGCAUUUAAAAAUUAUUUUCAUCGCUAGCAGAUGUAAUA